UGCUCCUUGUCUAUGGGUGAGGUCAUGCACCUAUUUUGUGAGUUUGCGUUAUGCAAUUGUUUAUAAAGUAGAAUAAUUUCUCAAAGCCACGAGACCUUCAAUGAUAAGGCAAUACAGACUCCAGCGGGAUACACAACUGUGCUCCUAAUAUGGUCAUGACGCGUGGCUGAUUUGAAGGAAGAAUGCGAUAACAACUGCAACGAACCACAACUCUCAUCUUUCGAACGGAACGUUUGAACGAAGUUCGAAUUACAAAUCAUGGAUGGAGAAGGUGACGAUUUGAUCAGACCUCCUCCUCCCCCUCGACCUCUUCAUGUUAUGUUAGCAAAUCCAAGGGAAAAUGGAGUUAUAGAAUUUCUGGCAGCAGUACGUGAGGGAAAUUUGGACGAGGCCAAGACUAUUUUUGAAGCCAAGAACCUGGAUCCAAAUGUGAUAGAGAACCAAGGAGGGACUGCUUUACACCAUGCUGCUAGGGGUGGAUACAUGGGAUGUGUCACAUUCUUACUUGAUGCAGGAGCUGAUGUCAAUGUUAAAGAACAUCGGAGGAAACUCCCCAUUCACGUAGCUGCUUCAGCUGGUCAUCUUGAUGUUGUGAAGGUUCUUUUACAAGCUGGUUCACCUUUAGAUGAUGUGGACAAAUUUGGACGAUCGCCACUUAUGUGGGCAGUUACUGGUGGAUUUGUGGACGUUGUUCAAGUGUUACUUCAAGCUGGGGCAUCUUUGACCAAUCAAGGCAACUGGCAUGCUCUCCAUGAAGCCUGUAAAGCUGGUUUUGCAGAACUGGUACAAUUAUUGAUAGAUGCUGGUGCACUUGUUAAUAACCCCACUCAAUAUACUGGUGGAGCACCAUGGUCACCUCUUCAUAUUGCUGUUCGUCAAGGACACUUAGAUUGUGUCAAGUUACUAAUACGGGCUGGUGCUGAUGUGAACAGUGUCAAUGCGGGUAAACAUACGCCUCUACAUGAGGCUGCAUACAGAGGUUAUGAUGCUAUAUUGACAGAACUUCUCAUCCAUGGUGCAGACCCACAUGCAAGGAGUAAUCAAAAAAGAACUCCCCUGCAUGAAGCUUGUAUGCAAGGAAAAGUUAGAGUAGCAGUUAUGCUUUUGGAUAUUGGAAGUAAGGUCAAUGCUACUGACCUAGUUAGAGACACACCUCUUCAUUUAACACUGCGAGCCAAUCAUGCCCAUGACAUUGCUGUCCAGUUAACAAGUAUUCUCCUUCAGUAUGGAGGAUCACCAACGCUUCUUGGACGGGAUGAUGACAUGUCUCUUGAUAUAGCAAGGCUAUCUGGGCAAAGUUACUGUUUAGAAUUGUUGGAAACAGCUCUUGAGAUGCCACUGCCAUUGAUUCAGAUAUGUAAAGUUAUCCUGAGGAAACAACUCGCUUGUCACUGGGAUUCUAUACAGGAACUUCCUAUACCAUUGACAUUAAAAAGUUUUCUUAUAAACGAAUGCUAACUCUUGAACCAUUAUGUAUCAAGGCUGUGCUCUAAGGAAAAUUAAAUGGGGCCCAGCGCUUUGAAACUGUGAAAUCCAGGGUGCCCAGCAUA